AUGCAGACCUUUGCGCAGACCUUCCUCCUGGCCUCGGCCGCCAUCCUCUCUUUCACCUCGGCCGCGCCAGUCGAGGGCCCUGAGACCAAGGACUUCACUGUCAAGCAGGUCCGCAACCCUCACUACGUCCGCAACGGUGCUGCUGCUCUGGCCAAGGCCUACCGCAAGUACGGUGCUCCCCUUCCCGAGUACCUCACCCAGGCCCUCAACCACACCACCACCAAGCGUGCCACCACCGGCAGCGCGGUCACCACGCCCGAGGAGUACGAUGUCGAGUACCUCACUCCCGUCAGCAUCGGUACCCCCGCCCAGACGCUGAACUUGGAUUUCGAUACUGGGUCCUCGGAUCUGUGGGUCUUCAGCACCGGGUUGGCCUCUUCCUACCAGACCGGCCACAGCGUGUACAACCCUUCCAAGAGCACCACCUCUAAGCUGCUGUCUGGCUACUCCUGGGAUAUCUCCUACGGUGAUGGCAGUGGAGCCUCCGGUACCGUAUACACUGACGUCGUCAACAUCGGAGGUGUCUCCUACUCCGCCCAGGCUGUUGAGGCCGCAACCACGAUCUCCACCGAGUUCACCCAGGACACCAACAACGACGGUCUCGUUGGUCUGGCCUUCAGCACCAUCAACACUGUCUCGCCCAAAUCCCAGAAGACCUUCUUCGACAACGUCAAGUCCUCGCUCAGCUCCCCGCUGUUCACUGCUGACUUGAAGCACAACACUGCUGGUACUUACGACUUCGGCUACGUUGACAGCACCAAGUACACCGGCUCCAUUGCCUACACUUCUGUCACCUCCUCGCAGGGUUUCUGGCAGUUCUCUGCCUCCAGCUACAAGGUCGGCACCACCACCUACAGCACCGCCGUUAGCGGUAUUGCCGACACUGGCACGACCCUGCUCCUGCUGCCCGCCACCGUUGUCAAGAACUACUACGCCAAGGUCACUGGCUCCAGCAACUCCAACACCUACGGUGGUUACGUCUUCCCCUGCACUGCUACCCUGCCCACCUUCACCUACACCGUCGGCUCAGUCAGCAUCGUCAUCCCCGCCACCUACCUCAACUACGCCCCCGUCGAGGAUGGCUCUUCCACCUGCUACGGUGGUCUCCAGUCCUCCGCCGGCAUCGGUAUCAACAUCUACGGUGACAUCGCCCUGAAGGCUGCCUACGUUGUCUUCAACGGUGCCACCACCCCCACCCUUGGCUUCGCCACCAAGACUUUGUAA